AACAUAAAUCAUAGCAUCAACACUCUAUUCACUAUUCAGUCUAUUCUUCUCUCUUUUUUUUUUUCCCGUCUCCACAGUCAACUGCUGAAGUGAAGAAGCAGCUUUCGAUAAUGGAGUCACAUGGAAAUCUUCCACCUUUCAUCCCCAACCCAUGGGAUCCACCACUUCCACCACCUCCGAACUUCCAAUGGGGAAAUUCUGCUUUUUCCGGCGACGUUUUCCCCCAAUUUCAUCCCUACCACUCUCCUUCCGAUCACUCUUUCGUUGCCGGCGCCGGAAAUUUCUGUCCUCCGAAACCUAAUUUUCCGAGAAAACGCAAGUUCGAUAGAGCUGAUGAUGGAAACUUUGUAAAGCUCUACGUGGCCGGGGUACCGAGAACUGUGACCGAAGAGGAGAUUUGUCACUUGUUUGAAGCUCAUGGAAAUGUUAUGGAGGUCGUUCUUCUUUCUGAUAAACGGACUGGUCAAAACCAAGAGUAUUGUUUUGUGAAGUAUGCUUUAGUUGAGGAGGCUAACAGAGCAAUAACAGCUUUGCACAACCAAUUUACUUUUCCUGGAGCUGUGCUUCCCAUUACAGUAAGAUAUGCUGAUGCAGCCAAGCAGCGACGAGGUUUGGAGCGUCCUAUGCAAAACGAGUUAUGCCUCUCUAGAUCAGGCUUGAUGCAAAAGGAAUCACCCUUUUCCGGACCAGAAAUUGUCGGAGAGACUCUGCACAAGUUAUAUGUAAAUGGCCUAAAUAGAGAAGCAUCAAAACAGGAGAUUGAGGAUAUUUUUUCUUCCUAUGGUGUUGUUGCUGAUAUUUACAUGAUGCGUGAUGAUUCAAAGCAAAACCGUGGAUGCGGUUUUGUAGGCUUUACUCAAAGAUAUAUGGCAGUGGCAGCAAUCAACGGGUUAAACGGCAGUUAUGUUAUGAAAGGGUGUGACAGACCAUUAGCUGUUCGUUUUGCUGAUCCGAAGAAGCCAAAGAACGGAGAAUUCAGGCCAGCUCCAAAUCCCAUGGAUAUGCGGGGGAAUAAUGUGUCUAAUGGUCUACAUCUGGGAAACCCAUCAACUUCCAUGCAAAUACAGUCUACAGGCAUACAGGCUGACAGUUGUCCUACAGUGGCAAACAGGUUGGAGUGUCCUGUUUCCUAUGAAACACAGAAACCACUUCAGCAACCAAUUUCACCUUCACGGUUUUCUCAGAUGUCAUUACAACAGUCACAGCUUUUGCAGGGGAGCCCUCAGUCCUCCAGACAAUCUGGCUUUGAAUUACCGACUAAGCGAACAUCAAAUAGCAGCAUAGAGCAGCAGCAUGACCAUCAGGGACUACAGAAGCUGGACAAAUAGUAGCAGCAUAUAAAUACCCUUAAUUGGUUAGUUUGGUUAAUUAUGUGACUGUAGAAGUAAAAGGCUACAAAUGGGGGAUGGAAAGAGGACAGAGGACUGAGAAGAGUAUUCACAUGCCAGAUGACCUUCAUCCUCUGUUAUAAACUUACCAUGGUGCUUUUUCCUUGUAAUGGACUGUGAAUCCUGUUAGGCAAACGAUCUCCCCACCCCCCCCAAUGCAGAGAAAAAUCUAACCGUCCAUGGCUUAACCAAUACCAGGAAUGAUGUCAAAACAAGGCUGCAUUGUAUCGUAUCGCCCGUGUCAUAAAGGUGUAAAAAAGCCGCAUUUUAGGCGGGUUCUAGUAAUAUUUCAUGGGUUUAGCCGAUAUUCGGCGGUACGACAACCGCAUCAUCCCCGUUCCCGUAUCACAUGACCGUUACCGCAAUCGUAACUGAAACCGCAUUUUCAAGCUAUGACACCAUCUAGUCUCUAUAAGUUGUAACCCCUUCCAAACUCCCUCAAAUAAAACUGGUGAAAUAUUUCUCUAUAAACUAUUUAGUUUCAUCUGAAUAGUGAAUAGUUGCCUGCCCUUGUGUGACUUGUGCCGAAGGUGUCUCUGACAACAUGCACACGAUCUGUCACAAAUCAUAUGUGCAUUGAUAGUCCACAUGCCUCUUUCUUACUAUCAUUGGUUAUUAGAGAUUUGAGAUGAAGAUGGGGAACUUGUACUCCCUCUAUCCCAAGAUGACAAAUAUUCUCAAUUUGAUCGUCUCAAAUCAUAUUUUAAAAAUUUUCAUGAUAAUUACACAAUAACAAGUGAUAUAUCCUUCUUUUCCCUGGUUUUCUAAGUAUGUUUGUCUUUAUGGAGCACAUGUAGUAUAUCCAUUAAACAGCUUUCUCUAUGUAUGAACUUUUUCCGAAUUUGUAUUUACUUCUUUCUCUUGUGUAUUCUGUUUCCAAACA